GCUCAGUCUACUAAACUUAAAAGUGAGUAAAACCCUCCCAUCAAAUACUCAGUGCAGUAUUUAGUACGACGCGACCCAAAACAAAAAAAAAAAAGAUAAAAUUGUUUCGAAUAAGGUUGAGAUGGAGACGAGCGAUCUAGAACUGAAGCAUUUAGGGUUUGUUAGAGUGAUAGCGAGCAUCGCCGUGGUGUGGCUUUCUUGCUUGUACGACUACGCCAAGCAAAAUUCUGGACCCCUGAAAUCAACCGUAGGAACUGUGGAGAACGCCGUUACUACCGUCGUAGGCCCUGUUUACGAAAGAUUGAAGGGCCUUCCUGACGAUCUCCUUGCUCGUCUAGAUACAAAGGUUGAUAAUGUGUCAAAGAAAUUUGAUGAGCAUGCUCCACCGGUGGCCAAGAAGAUUGUUAAUAGGGCAAAGAAUGUAGUCCAGAAGGGUUCACAGGUUGCCCAAGAUUUGGUCCAGCAAGCUCAAGUUGGUGGUCCUCGUGCAGCCCUUCGUCAUGCUGCUUCACUGUCCAAGAACAUUGCUGUGAGGCUAUUAGCAGUGUUAUGGCAUAGACUCAUCAAUCGCUAUCCGCCCCUGCACGGUGUCGGAGGGAUAGCUAUCCCAACUGUUGCUGAUGUGUCCAAUAAGUAUAACAAAUUUAUAGCAAAGCUGGAUGGUAGGGGUUAUCAUAUCUUCAGCUAUUUCCCGUCAGUUCCUGUUGAGGAUGUGGCGGAGGCAUAUAAACAAGUUGAGGCAGCUGCAGCAAAGAAGGAUGUUGGGGUUACUUCAAGUGAAACAGACUAGAAUGAUGAUUUUGUGCUCUCUGAAGAGGCAGUUAUAGGUGUGUUGUGGAGAAUUUGGUUGUAGUAAUUUCUGCUGGAGCGGAUAGACAGUCUUUGUAAAGUCGCUCAUAAUAUUCCUGUCAAAUAUGGUAUGAAGUUCUUUUUUGUGUUCCUAUUCGGUUAUAAAAAACCCAACUCGUGUGGUCAUCUGGCUUUGUGCAAAUUGUCCAUGAUUUAUGAUUGCCUAUCUACGUCAUUGAUCUUUGAA